UAUUAUUCUUUAUGCCUUCCUACAUUUUGUUUAUGCUGCUGAGUGUGAAGUGGCACAGUCAUGUGGAGAUUGCUGGUGCCCACACCAGUGCUAUGUCCUUGGGACCUGAUAGAACUGCUGUGCCCAGUACACCUCCACAGAGGGCACAGGAGGUGCGGGGUGACCUGGGGCAGGGCGGGCACCGCAGUCUCCACACGUGUGAGGUAGAAGAAGCACAGCAGCUGUGCCCGCUGUCAGGCCGGGCAGGGGGGCAGGGAGCAGAGGAGCGGGAUCCGCCCACGUCCUUCUAAGGAAAUGUUUCAUCCGUCUGCCCGAGAUGUGUCUAGAAAGAUCCUAGAGGAGCUGCUCUAAGGCCGGUCACCAGCUAUUCCUGACCGCCGGCGACAUGGCACAAGCCAAGAUCCAAGCGAAGGCUAACGAGGGGCACAAUGGGGGCAAGUUCUGCCGCUCCCAGUCCAUGGCCGCCCGCUCCAGUCACCUGCUAGAGACCCUGGAUGACCUGGAGAUAAGAGUACAAUCCUUGCGCGAUUCAGCAUUUGCUCUGGAGCUGGAGAAAGAGUCUCUAAUAGAGAUCAUUCACAAUGUCAAGAACAGCCAGGACAUGAGGAACAUAAGUGAUGGGGAAAGAGAAGAACUGACAUUAACUGCAGAACGUCUGAUGAACCGCACGGUGACUGUAGAAGUCUCAGUGGAAACCAUCAGAAACCCCCAACAAGCCUCAUCUAUACAGCAAGCCACCCUGAUCAUUGAUGAGAUCCUGAAGAAAGUCAUGGACAACUUGGAAGGUGGAAGGAAACAGCUGAUGUCUCUGUAUGCAGCUUGUACUUCUGAUAGCCCGGCUGCACCCAUUGAUCAGAAAUUCCAGUCCAUCAUUAUAGGAUGCGCUUUAGAGGACCAAAAGAAAAUUAAAAGGAGACUAGAAAAUCUUAUUAGGAACAUUGACAGUUCAGAGAAGUCCAUCACACUGCUGGAGAACCAUAAGCAGAAACCUGUUCCUUUCCAAAACAAUAAAAUAUAAAGCACUCAGACAGGAGGAGACAUGUAUGUGGUUAAUAGUUAACACUACAAAGGCUUGAAAGAGUCAUAGCCAAACUUGAAUGUCUACGAGUAUAUUCCGAUUAUGUAUUUUAUAGUGUACCCAUAAGGUAGUUCUAUGCUAUGUGACACUACAUUAUCCUAUAUACAUUCAGCAGUGGAAUUCAUUAACACAAGUUACAUAUCUUAAGCAGAUUACAAAUUGAGGUUCAAUUACUAUGUUUUGCAUAGAAUGUAUCUUAUAAUAUAACAGUAAGGGCCCAUUUACACCAUUUAUGCUUUUUACAUGCAGAAUUCCACUUGGAAAAUACUGAGCAGCAGCCUCCCAUUGUUCUCAAUGGGAUUUUACUGCACCAUUCACAAUAUGAAAUUUCUGCUGUAGAAAUUCUGGACCCCAGACUCCACUGAAAGAAUGAAUAUGUUCAUUCUUCCGGUGGACUCUGCUCUGAAAUGCAUUGCCAUCUAUUGAGAUGGGGCAUGUCCGAGUAAUCCUCCAGAUGGAAUUCGCGCCUAAAUGAGCCCUACUUGUUAAAGGGAAUGUGCCAUCAAAAAAUGACCUAUUGUACAAAUCAAGUUUUUAUGUUAAUCAUAUUUUUUAAAGAAUUUAUGAUGAUAUUUGUUUCUAAUUUUCCAUUUUCUAACUAUAGUAUAAAAUAAUUCUUAACCUUGCUGUUUUCAGUCUGGCCACUAGGGCUAAAACUAAGCUUCCUGUCCCGUCUAUGAUGAUAAGGAGGAGGUUGCUAGAAAGUGAUCUUUACAGCAUUACAGCAAAGGGUGACACCUGUAUAAAGACAAAACAAAUGGAGCUCAGCCUUCCCUCCCAUUGUAGAAUGACCUCUGUACAGGUCAGAGAGCAUGCUUAUAAACAUGUCCCAUACAAAGAAUAGGGUCUGGAGAUGUUCAUUGUGUCUAUGUCCCUGGAGCUUGCAGUAAAGCAUACCACUAAAUGCUGUUAAAAAAAAGCUCAGACAAAAUGGCUGCUCACAUAAUAAUGUAGUAAAAUACCCCCAAAAAAUUACAGAAAAUAGGAACAAAUUAGAUAAAGAAUGUUUCAGUAUCUAGCUCUAAUCAUAAAAAAAAUCUACGUAAUAAAUACAUCAUACAUAUAUAUAUCACAUAUACAUAUCAUAAAAAAACAUGUAUUUUAUGGAGAUACUGGAGGGGUAGAUAACUGCAUUAUUUUUAUGUAAAGAUAUUUAUGAAAAUAUUGGAUAUGUCGAAACGUGACAGUGAUUUAUAAGGUCUUUAUAGUGCAUGGGGAAGGAUCUUUUUGUUUUUCAAUUUUUUUCUUUUUUUUUAAAGAUGUCAUAUACUUUCCUAAAACAGGCUGGAAUUCUGGGUACUAGCAGAAGCCAUAUAUCAAGUACAGUUACAUUCUCUUCCAUAAAAUUCAGAGGCACGCAAUUCCUGGACCUGCCAUAGGAGGCAUAUGUAACACCUUUUUACACAGCAGCCCCUUUCUGUAAGCCAGAAUUGGUUGUAUUUUAGAUGAGUUGUAGUUUAGAAGGCCCAGUUCCAGACUAUGUGGCGCUACUUCACAUUUGGUCAAGACCUUAAAGGGGUACUCGGGUGGAAAUUUGUUUUUUUU